AUGAACAAUCGCCCAACCAGUCCGAUGGUCCAACACGGUCAACAUCCCGGCUCUACAACUGCCCCAUACAACCCAACCGUCCCGAUGAACACUGCUCAAGGCUACGGUAUGCAGCAGCAACAAGUCGCCAGCAUUCCGACAACCCUGUCGACGUCGCAGUACCCCGGGCGCAACCCCGCGGUGGAGGUCGAGGGCGCAGGUCGCAGCAAGGCGCAACUGAUCGUCGGCAUUGAUUUUGGAACAACCUUUUCCGGUGUCGCAUUUGCAUUUGCGACCAACAAUGAAGCGCGGGAAGACAUCAUCACCGAGUGGCCGGGUGCGGGAACACAUACGAAACAAAAGAUCCCCACCGUCCUCUACUACGAUCAAUACCAGAAGGUCGUUGGUUGGGGCCCCGAUAUCGCCGACGCUCUUGCCCCGACGGGAUACCCCAAGCCUGGCGUGCAAAAGGUGGAGUGGUUCAAGCUCCAGCUGAUGCUCUCCGGAAACACCUAUAUCGAUCCUAUCAACCUUCCUCCACUGCCCCCGGGCAAGUCUGAAAUCGAUGUUGCGGCCGAUUACCUCUUCAAGCUACGACAAGCCAUGCGCUCGCAGUUACAGAAGACACUGGGAGAGGUGUUUACUCGGGAGGAGCGCAACAUCCGGUAUUACCUCACUGUACCGGCUAUCUGGAACGAUGCUGGCAAGGCCGCCACGCGUACCGCCGCUAUCCAAGCCGGUUUCUUGCGUGAUGAGAACGAUAACCGACUCACAUUGGUCUCAGAGCCCGAGGCAGCAGCACUGUUCUGUGCCAAGUCUGGUCUGCUCAACCUGAAGACUGGCGAUGCCAUUCUGAUCGUGGAUUGCGGUGGUGGUACCGUGGAUUUGAUCGCAUACGAGGUCGAGGAAGAAUCGCCGUUCAGUGUGAUGGAGUGUACUGCCGGUUCUGGUGACUCAUGCGGUUCAACGGCAUUGAACCGGAAUUUUAGCAAUAUCCUACGGGCGAAGAUUCGGAAGAUGAAGCUGCCGGAUGGCUCUCGGACUGCGGGCAAGGUAUACGCGAAGUGUAUCAUGGACUUUGAGAACCGUAUCAAGGCCGACUUCCGCAACAACGGUCAAAAGUGGGCUGUGGAUGUGGGUAUCGAGGCUGACUUCCCCGAUGCCGGAAUUGAGGAGGGAUAUAUGACCUUCACCAACGAAGAAAUUCUUCAGUGCUUCGAACCCGUUGUGAACCGGAUUCUCGAGCUGGUUCGCAACCAGAUUAUUGCUAUUCAAGCGCAGAACCGUCUGCUUCAGAAUGUUCUUGUCGUUGGUGGAUUUGGUGCUUCAGAAUAUCUUUUCCAACAGAUCAAGCUCCACGUGCCGCCGCAGUAUCAGACCAAGGUCGUUCGCCCCAUGGACUCUGUAGCUGCCAUCGUCAAAGGUGCUGUCACCGCCGGUAUCACUGAACGUGUUAUCACCCACCGUGUGGCCCGUCGUCACUAUCUGAUGGCCACACUUCAGCCCUUCAAGGAGGGAUACCACCCAGAACAAUAUCGUGUUCCCAGUCUGGAUGGACGCGACCGGUGCAAGUACACCCGUCAGAUCUUCGUCCAGAAGGGAGAGCGUGUUAGGAUUGGCGAACCCGUCAAGGUUAGCUUCUUCCGUCAAGUUGCUCCUGGCGCCACACUCAUGUACGAGGAUGUGCUGUACGCCUGUGAUGAAGACGUCUGCCCCGAAUAUACCAAGGAUCCCCGCAUAAAGGAAGUCGUCACACUUACAUCUGAUUUAUCGCGUAAGAAUUUAGAGACCGACUUCGAACGCAUGGACACACCACAGGGAAUUUUCUAUCGCGUCUACUUCGAUAUUUACCUCACACUAGACGGCAGUGAAUUCAGCGCCGAGCUGGUCUGCCAAAACGAAAUCAUGGGCCGGUGCCGAGCCAAGUUCCGGUGA